AUGGGAAAUCUUAUCUUUCAUUUCUGCUUCAUCUUCUUCAUGAUUUGCCCAGGUUUAUGUCAGUCCAAUUUUACUAAUUCCGAUGAAUUGGCGCUUCUUGCUUUCAAAUCUUCUGUUAAGGAUCCUUACAAUCACUUGGAAAACUGGUCCAAUUCGUCAUCCAUGUGCAAUUGGACUGGGGUUACAUGUGAUUCUGAGCAUGAGAGAGUGAGAAUACUGAGUCUUGCAAAGAUGGGUCUCAAUGGAAACUUACCCUCACAGAUUGGCAAUUUGUCGUUCUUGGUAAAACUUGACCUCAGCAGCAACAACCUUUGUGGUAAGAUGCCAAAAGAGUUGCUUCAGCUGCACAGGUUAGAAAUUCUGAACUUGAGUUAUAAUGCAUUCAGUGGAGAAAUCCCAACUCGGAUUGGAAGCUUAUUUACGCUUCAACACUUGAUUCUUGGCAAUAAUAGUUUUGGAGGCAUCAUUCCUGCAAGUAUAUCCAAUUUGUCAAAGUUGGAGAACUUGGAUUUGAAUUCUAAUUCCCUCCAAGGAUCUAUUCCCUUUGAUAUCGGAAGGCUUCAACAUCUCAAAAGUUUACGACUUUAUGUGAACAAGCUUUCAGGCAUUAUAACCCCAACUAUUUCGAACAUAUCCUCGCUUGAGAGGAUCUUAUUGUCUCGCAACCUUUUACAAGGCUCAAUACCUAUGGAAAUAGGUAAUCUUCAACAACUUGAGACAUUAUUGUUGUCUCAUAACAAAUUGAGCGAAUCUAUUCCAUCAGAAAUUUUCAACAUCUCAACUUUGAAAGUCUUGUCCCUCCUCAACAACUCUCUAUCAGGAAGUCUUCCAUCCGAUUUUGGAUAUGGCCUAUGUAAUCUACAAGAGUUGUAUUUAUGGGGCAACAAACUCUCCGGAAGAAUCCCAAAUACUAUAUCCAAUGCUUCCAAGUUAACCAUUCUAGAACUGGAGCAAAAUAAUUUUGAUGGGGUUUUACCAAGCACACUUGGGCAUUUAACAUACCUAGAAAGACUCUGGGUAGAUGAUAACAAUUUCACUAUAAGAGAUGAUUCAGAUUCUGAAGCUGGCUUUUUAGCUCGUUGUCAAACUGUGGACAUUUGA